UCCGAGCCGCGCGGAGUCGCGCGGAGCCGUCCCCGGCGCGCGCCGGGCGGCCUGAGGGAGGCGGGUCAGAUCUGCGCGGUCUGGCCGCUGGUCCCGAGAGGGUUUCCCGGCGCUCCUGGGCUGAGGGGCUGAAGCCCGGCGGCGGCGCUUGCCGGCCCCCGGGGACCGAGGACUAGGCCGUGGGGCCGCGCCCUGAGUAGCACAAAGAGAAUGAAAGAAGUAGAUAAUCUUGACAGUAUAAAAGAAGAAUGGGUUUGUGAAACAGGACCUCCUGACAAUCAACCCCUCAAUGAUAAUCCACAAAAGGACUGUGAAUAUUUUGUUGACAGCCUUUUUGAGGAAGCAGAGAAGGCUGGUGCUAAAUGCUUGUCCCCCACUGAACAGAAGAAACAGGUAGAUGUAAAUAUAAAAUUGUGGAAAAAUGGAUUCACUGUCAAUGAUGAUUUUAGAAGUUACUCUGAUGGUGCAAGUCAGCAGUUUCUGAACUCCAUCAAAAAGGGGGAAUUACCUUCAGAAUUACAGGGAGUUUUUGAUAAAGAUGAGGUGGAUGUUAAAGUUGAAGAUAAAAAAAAUGAAGUAUGUAUGUCUACAAAGCCUGUGUUCCAACCCUUCUCAGGACAGGGCCACAGACUAGGAAGUGCUACACCAAGAAUCGUUUCUAAAGCAAAGAGUAUUGAAGUUGACAAUAAAAGCACUUUGUCUGCUGUUUCACUGAACAACUUGGAGCCCAUCACCAGGAUCCAGAUCUGGUUAGCCAACGGGGAAAGGACUGUCCAAAGAUUUAACGUUUCUCAUAGGGUGAGCCACAUCAAAGACUUCAUUGAAAAAUACCAAGGAACUCAGAGAAGCCCUCCCUUUGCCCUGGCAACAGCUCUUCCUUUCCUCAGAUUUCUGGAUGAGACGCUCACAUUGGAAGAAGCAGAUUUGCAGAAUGCUGUAAUCAUUCAGAGACUCCAAAAAACUGCCGAACCUUUUAGAAAACUCUGAUAGUUUUUAUUUUUGAGAGACUGAGAGAAAUGAUGGUUGGAAUCAUACAUGCUGAAGUGAGAGAUAGAAGUCAGUAUGACCAAAGUUGUGGUUUGAGGGCUUCUUAAUCCCUUAUGAGGGGGUUCAAACAUCACAAGCUAAGAGAGUGACAUGACUGUAACCCAGAGUCAGUACACUUUUCUCGACAGGCUAUUCAGAAAAAAAUACCUAUUUUCAAAUACGAGUUAACCCAUAUUUAUUAAAUAGCUGUGGUCUAAGUUAGCAGAGUAGUCAGUUAGCUAACUCAACAUCAGCACUCAAGUAUUUUGAAACAGCAGAUAUUUAUAUAAAUGUUAGCUAACUCACUUUUAAAUAGCAAUACAUUAAAAUACUAUACAUGACAUAUUAAAGCAUCAAUGUAAUUAUUAUAUUGCCUGUGCUUCUCGGAGCUUUCCAGGUUGUUUUGUUUUGUUUUGUUUUUUUCUCCCCAGAGCUGGGGACCGAACCCAGGGCCUUGCGCUUGCUAGGCAAGCGCUCUACCAUUGAGCUAAAUCCCCAACCCCCAGCUUUCCAGUUUUUAUUCUGUGAUGGCAAGAGAUACUCAAAUAUUCAUUUGGCAACAGUAUCGAAGAUGUAUACUCUUCUAGGAAUAAAAUUGUGUAGCUUAAUGUAAUAUUAAUAUUAAUCUGUCUACACAGUUUUCUAUACUUUCUAUAAGUAAUUUUAUGGGCUGGGAACGUAGUUCAGUGGUAGAGAGCAUAUGCCAUGAAUACAUGAGACUCUAGGUUCUGUCAAUCCCUAGCAGUACAAAAAUAUCCUUUAAAUUUGUAAUGUAAAAGCAUACACAAAAAAAUUGACCAAAGCCGGGUGGUAGUGGCAGAGCAUGCCUUUAAUUCCAGCACUUUGGAGGCAGAGGCAGGAGGAUCUCUGAGUUCAAGGACAGCCUGUCUUACAGAGCUAACUUCCAGGGUUACAUAGAGAAACCCUGUCUAGAAAAAAAAAAUCAAAGUUUUCAGAUCUUUACUCAUUUACAAUCAACUCUGAAACUGCCUGCAGCGGUGCGUGCCCUGCAGCUCCAGCUCACACCGAGCCGAGAGGGAAGGAGCACAGGCGUUCGUGUCAGCCUGAGCAACAUAGCAAACCCUGUGUCGUGAUAGUAACAGCUUUCACACCCUGAGAGCUGGCUCAGCAUUUAAGGGCACUGGGUGUCCUUUCUGUAAAUGUAGAUUCAAUUUCCAGCUCACAGGUGGUCAUGCACAGCCAUCUGAAACUCCUGCUCAAAAAUACUCAACUCCCUCUUCUGACCUCUGUGGGCACUGCACUCAAGUUAUACAUAGGCGUACAUGCAGACAAAGCAUCAUGUGUAUUAUAUUUUUAAAAAUUAAACUAAAUGAUAAUUUUCCAAAGGAUGGAUUUAUCUAGAAAGGUAGCAUUGUAUUUCCUUUUCUCUAAAAAUGUAAUGUCUGACUUCAUGAAGACAAGGAUUCACAACUGUUUCUGCAUUAUCACAUAGCUUAUGGUCUCUUAUGAAGACAGCAGUUUUCAUUUGUGGGAAUAAAAAAGACAUAUAACUAUAUGAUUAGGAAAGACAGUUUGACAAAGGAUCAUUUAGGAGUCCUUCCCAAGGGCCAAUACCUGGCCAAACAUGGGAGUUCACAUUGGAACUUAAGAAGCUGAGGCAGAAGGAUUACCAUGAGGUCAAGACCAGCUUGGGCUACAGAAUGAGAGUCUGUUAAAAUAAAGUCUAUUCCUGCCCCUGUCACAAGCAUUGUGUGUCACUGAGAUGGGUGCCAACUGCACUUGGAAUCUUGAGUGACACAGAGGUGUUUAGUGUAAAUGCAGGAAUUCUAGGCCCGAGUCCACCCUAUAUGCUCCACCCAAGUAGUUUCCACACUUCAGCUUCAUCAUCCUCCCAAGUUUACUCAGGCUGUCCCUCUUUAAGCUAAACUACUCCUGGCAUAACCUGUGCCUUGCCUCCCAUCCACAGGUGAGGCAGGGCUGGAAAGUGAAUGAGGUUUUAGGUAAGACUCAGGAAUAACGGGAGGGAGCCUAUGUACACACCUAGAUGUCCUUCCUUUCAGCCCUUUCUUCUGCAGUCCCGUCUUAACGAUGCUUUCUUCCCUAGCUCCCAGUCUUCCAUAUGCCGGACUUUGUAUUUUGGGUGGCCCGUGGAAUAGAGAAUGACGGGGAGCACCUUCAUUUGCCCUUAUCUAGAAAAUCAGCAGGUAUACGAUAGAAAAUUAAAUAUCUGCCCAUAACGUUUACACAUCACUAUCAGAGCCCUUUUUAGCAAUAUAAAUAAUUUCCUAACAAAAAGGGGAUAGUAAAAUCAAUGGUUUUAUUUUUCAGAUAUAAGCAGAAACUUUUGAUUGUUAACAUGUUCAGGAAUCUCUAAGGAAAUGUUUCAUAUAGGCCUAUCCUGAAACCUUCCUAUUUACAUAGUUAUAACUGAUAAAUGGUUCUCUGUAUUCUUAUGAGGAGCCUCUCACAAGAAUGUCUCUUGUGUAUCUACAAAUAAAGCCUCUAUCUCUAAUUAACCAGAAGGUACAGUGGGGGUUUCUUGUAUGUAGAGCACAUGCCAGGGAGAUGUUCCAGUAGGAAGGACUGUCAUCAGCAAUAACUUGCAUUUUUUUUAAACUGUGAAAAUGUUUGUGUAAAUAAUGUUCUCAAAGAUUUCCUUAAAGAUAAUCAUCUGAUGAAUCUUUUUACUUGAAAAUUCGAAAGUUGUAAAGUUGCUAAUGUGUAGACUCCUUAUUGCAGGUUGAUUCUGAGAAUAAACUGCCAAGGGAAGCAAAACUUAAAGUGAACAUCUCAGGAGAAUACAGUUUGACCCAGUCAUUGCUCCAGAACCGUCAUGGUCAGUUGUCUUAUCUUGCAGAUGAGAUAGACAGAGAAAUACUGUCUGAUUGCACAUGUCAUAAUCGACUGGUUAGAUUACUAUGCACUGUCAAAGCUAAAAUAAUCUUCAUCACGACUCAUUCAGUACACCUCAUGACGUCUCCAUUCAUUGACAAUGUAGUACUAUGUAUUUAUUUUAGUGCCUUAAUAUAUUUUUGAUGUAUUUUGCUAAUGGUAAACUGAAAUGUCUCUUAAAGAUAAAAUGCUGUUCAUUGAAAGGAUCUGUUAAGUAAUUUACACUUGUUCUACAGUAGUAACGGUGAAUGCUUUUGUCAUUUUUUAAUUUGGCCAAGUCUUGCAGUUUGAGAAUCAAUGAUUAUUUGAUCUAAUGAUUAUUAGAUGCCCUUUCCUUAACCAAUGCUGUUUUCAUUUCAUACUCAGAUAUUGUAGGAGCUGUCCAAUGGUUGUUAUUUAUUCUUAUGGCCUAGCAUGCAGGCUUGUUUAUAGCAUUGACUCCCUUGUACUUCCCUGCCUCAGAACUAACCACUUCAGUAAAAAGAUGCUCAUCACACUGGA